GACAAAAUGAAUGAAGGUUGGUGAAGGAACGAGUUGUGAAAACAAACUGGGAAUAGAAAUUUCAAUAAUUAAUACAAUAUUGGUGUUCAGUCGAACGAUAUACAAUACAUUUAGAAUUAAAAAUCAUGUCUAAGAGUAAACUUCAUUACCAAGUUGACAGCAGUAUUGUCGCAGUGAAAAGCAAAUUUGAUGCUGAUAUCAUAAGAUUUUCAAUCAACCGUAAUGAAGCUAUUAGUUAUGAAGAUUUUAGAAAGUUACUGGCUGAGCGACACGAUAUCGGGCCAGAUUUGAAUUUUCUUAUUUGGUAUACAGAUCCAACUGAUGGUGAUUUAUUGCCAAUUAAUAAUGAUAACAAUUUGGCAAGAGCGUUACUUGCUGCAAAACCACUUCUUAGAAUCUUUAUACAAAGAAAGGGAGAUGGAUUAGAAGACAUAAAUGGAUAUGGAACAAUGAAACCAAAAAAUCUAAUAUCAAGUAUCCUUGGUGGCACACCUGGGAAACCAAAAUCAUUGGCUAUAUCUAAUCCACAUGAUUUUAGGCAGGUAUCUGCAAUAAUAGAUGUAGAUAUAUUACCAGAAACUUGUCGUCGGGUACGUUUGUUGAAACAUGGCUCUGACAAACCAUUAGGAUUUUACAUUAAGGAUGGAGAAAGUUUCCGAAUAUUGCCACCUUCCGCGGGUGGUGGUAUUGAAAAAGUCCCAGGUGUAUUUAUAAGUAGAUUAGUGCCAGGUGGCUUGGCUGAAAGUACUGGCCUAUUGGCAGUAAAUGAUGAGGUUCUUGAAGUAAACGGUAUAGAAGUUGCUGGAAAAACCCUUGACCAAGUUACAGAUAUGAUGAUUGCCAAUUCUUCAAAUUUAAUAAUCACUGUAAAGCCAGCAAAUCAGAGAGCAGCAUUAGCUGCUCCAAGACGUGGUUCAUUUUCACGAAAUAGUCAGUUAUCUUCUGGAAGUCAUCAGUCUACACAAAGUGCUGCAACCGGUAGCGACGAAGAUGCGGAUGAAAUAGUAGAUUUAACUGGGGUAACGUUACAAGAUGAUGCAACAACUUCUACUUCUCAACAUCAUCAUUAUCAUCAUCAUCAUCAUCAUCAAAAUCAUUUUAAUCACGAUCAAGGUGUUCUACAUUUAUAAAUGGCACACGACUUAAAAUUCUUUUUGUAUUAUGUUAUGCUCAUUUGAAUAUUACAUUCAAUAUUCAUUUAUACAAAAAAAGGUAUUUAGAGCUAACAAUAAGCGUAAAAGUAUAACAUGACAAUAAGAAGUUAAAGUAGCGAAAUAUGAAACAUAAAAAACUGGUAUGAUUAUUAUUUAACAGAUCUAAUAAUAAUUAUGCCACUAAAAUUAUUGCUAUAUAAAAUGCAAUUUAUAAAAAGAGUAUAUUUUUACAAAAACUUAGUGCCUUUGAAUUAAAUGCAUUUACCAUUGAAAUAAUUAUCUAUCAUUGAUUAAACUUGUUCUAUUACUACUUUUUCGAAAUUCAGAACUUUAGAAGAUCAACAAUAAGAUUAAGUGCUUCACUUAUAAAAUAAAAGUAAAACAUAUAGCUUUUUGCAAAUUGUUUCGUAACACAAACUAUUUGCAUUAAUAAUUUUCGAGGGCAAAUAUAAGUAACAGAUAUAAAAAGUAUUGUAAAGACAAAACUGUUUAAGAAAUAACAAAAUAUUCAUGAUGAAGAUAAAAAUAAUACAGUUACAACUGAAACACGGUAACAUAUUUUUCCUGUAAGGUUUUUAGAUGAAAACGUAAAGAUUUUUCUAAACAGUUUAGUAUGGUUAGAAGAAUAAUAAUACAAGUAUUUACUAUGUAUGGAAGUAUUAUUAGAAGGCAGCAAUGUUUUUAAAGUAUUAAAAUAAUAUUUAAGCAAUAAUAGAGUGAAUUGUGAACGAAGAUGAAACUUCAAAUAUUAAAAUUUCCUUUCUUAUGUUAUAAUUUUUCUUAAUACUAUGAUUAUUAAUAGUAUUGUUACAUUCGGUAAUAUUUUAUUCGUUAUCUCACAAUCUAUUAAUGAUUUUCAUCAAUAAUUUUUUUUUUCGAAGAUUUUUUAAUGUAUAUAAUGCAUAUAACGAGAUUCAAUAACUUAAUUUAUCAUCAUAAGUAGAGUUCUUUAUUCAAGGAUAAAUAAAAGAAAUGUAUAUAAAAGUAGUCUAAGAGGAUGAACUACCGGAUAUCGAAUCGAAUAUAAAAGUAAAAGAUCAACUGGCCUUAUGCGUAGAUCAUUCCAAAUAUCUUUUACAAAAAAUACAAAAGUGAUUAUUUUUAAUGUAAUGCAUUCAGACACGUCCAUUCAUACAUGUAUUCUGUUUAUUCCUCUGCAUGUUUAAAUGUUAAAGUUUUUGAAUUUUAAUUCCAUUUUUACAAAUGUUAUUUGUUGUCUAAUUGAGCACUAGAUAUUGAAACGUAAUGUAUUUUACAAAUUUUAGAUGUAAGACAAUUUUUAAGGAUAAGAAACGUAUUUAUAUAGAUGUAUAAUAAUUUCUUUAUAUAUAUAUGUGCCUUUAUUGUUCCGUCUGUUACUAUAAAACUGGAUUGUGAUCAAUCAUGUUACAUUCCAUUUCCAUAGUAUUGUUUGUAGUGAACAAAGAAUAUACAGUACGUGCGAAUUAUAUAUUAUUUUUUUAAAACAAAUCACUACAGCUAGACAUUUUUAUGUUUGUUUAAUACAUUUCUUAAACAAAUUAUAAAAUACGUAUGUACAUAAAAGGAAAAUAAGAGUUUUACUGUAAUACAAUUACGAAUUAACUUCCAGGUUAAAGUAGUUCAGUUGCCAAACCAGAAAAACGAUAUUCUUAUAAUUGACAUAAUCAUUUCCAAGUUUACGGGUUCUAUUUCAUAUAAAUUAUUAUAAGUGUAGAUAUAAAGUAUGAUAUCCAAUAAAAUCAGAUGUAUAAAAUCAAAGUUGUUUAGCGAAGGAAUACAUGAAAAAAUAUUUUGAAAUUAUCCUUAUA